AUGGAGGCCGGAUUGUCCCAUCCAGGCUCAGCCGCAGCCUCAUACACCGUCUCCUGCGCCUCGGACCACGAAGAAUCAACCUUUCUCAAAAGAAAUCACUAUCUCCGAUGGGCCCAACUCGCUCUGUCCGUGGUCUGCUUCGGUUCUGCCCUUGCAAUCAUCGGCUGCGAAGCCGUACCUUUCCAGCACUACCGGAGCACCUCUGGGUACGAAGAAGCAGGACUGGCCCUGUGGCCAUUGAACUUUGAUCUCCGACCAACAAUCGCUAUCCUGUCUAGUGGCUGCGUCAUUGCAGUCCUCAAUCUCAUCUAUAUCGUCGCGGUCCUCAUCCCUUCUCCCCAUUCCCACAUCCGGCGUCUCAACAUCCUCGCCUCGGGAACGGCAGUCGCGGGCCUCAUCGCUGCGGCAGUCGGACUGGCAUUCGCGAUCUAUCUCCCGCAAUCCACGUAUCCGGGUGGAUUUUCGCACAAUGAGACACUCCGCUCGUGGACAUGCAAGUGGAAGGCCAUGCGGAGCGUCACCUCAAGCGAGAAUGCUUCCUUACAUGCACCGACGCAUUUCGAGCGAGAUUGUCGGGAGACGAAGGCAGGAUUUGUGCUUCUGGCUCUGUUGAUUGGACUGGAGGUUGUCGGGGGUGCGGUCGGUGUGUUUGGAGUCUGGCUUGAGCGGAACGUGUCCAGGCAGAGGAUUUUUGGAGUCCAAGUGGAGAAGGAGACUGUUUUGACAAAGGAUUCAAACAGGGUGUGA